CUCCAGUCCCCCCGGGGGGCUUGUCACAUGGCCAAGGUCUCGGCGACGGCGGCUAGGUAUCAUCGCAGCAUCGCAUGGUCAAGGCAGAGGAACCGGAACCAAGCCUUGUACGCCCACGUUACUCACGCGCAAAAAAAAAGUACAAAGCAGCCAGAUGUCGCACACCCAAGUGGCAAUGAAGAAGAAGAAAAAGUAGUAGUAGUAGUGGUUGUAGUAGUAGUACCUACUUGGUCUUUACUCACCAUUCAUCUACAUUUAUUGAUUUUGAUAUUAUACUUCCCUCAUAUCAACAUCAAACAUCAACAACAUCGAUCCUCUCUGCAGCGGCUCGUAAAAUCAUGGAGUCUACAGGUCGCCCUGCGGAACCCAUCGCCGUGGGAGUCUGGGCAACGGCGAAACAAAGCUUUUCCGAUUUGUUCAAGUGGGAGCAACGAGUCAAAAUUACCAAUGAAUAUGGAGAAUCUCGAACGGAAUGGCAACGACCACUUCCUCUUCGAAAUCCCAUUUCGUUGCUGGCCCAGCUGACUCCGACGGCUUGGGUGUUUUUUAUUGUGGGCUUUGCGUCGUGGACGGCCGACGCCUUCGACUUCCACGCCCUCAGCAUCCAAACUACCAAACUGGCUGAUUAUUACGAUACCACCAAUACCAACAUCACCAGUGCCAUUACUCUCACGCUGCUGCUACGUUCUGUCGGAGCGGCAGUUUUUGGUCUACUCGGAGAUCAGUUUGGGAGGAAAUGGCCGAUGGUGAUGAACAUGAUAAUUCUCGGCGUCCUACAAAUCGCAACCAUCUACAGCACCACAUUCUCCCAAUUCCUCGCCGUCCGCUCCAUUUUUGGUCUAUUCAUGGGAGGAGUCUACGGAAACGCCAUCGCCAUGGCCCUCGAAAACUGCCCCGUAGACGCGCGAGGUCUCAUGUCCGGAAUUCUCCAACAAGGCUACUCUUUCGGCUACGUGUGUGCGGCGUGCGCCAACUUGGGCGUCGGCGGAUCGACGGAGUCGUGGAAGACGGUAUUUUGGAUUGCGGCGGGAUUGAGUAUUGGAGUGGGAUUGAUUCGAGUCGGGUUUCCGGAGAGUCAACAGUUUCGAGAGAGGAAGGCUGCGGGUCAUAAAGGUGCUUCUCCGGGGGUGUUUUGGAAGGAGACGAAGCAGAUGUUGGCGAGGGAGUGGAAGAUGUGCAUUUAUUGCAUCGUCCUAAUGACCUGGUUCAACUUCUACUCCCACACCAGUCAAGACAGUUACACAACCUUCAUGAAGACCCAAAAACGAAUGGGCAACCACGAUGCCUCCAUCGCAAGCAUUCUCAUGAAAACGGGUGCAUGUGUCGGAGGAACCAUCAUUGGAUAUCUUAGCCAAUGGGUAGGCCGACGAAGAGCCAUGGUCGUAGCAGCAUUAAUGAGUGCUCUAAUGAUCCCCGCCUGGAUCUUGCCCACAUCGCUAGGAGGACUCUCUGCAUCUGGAUUCAUGAUUCAAUUCUUCAUUCAAGGUGCCUGGGGUGUAAUUCCCAUCCAUCUAAACGAGCUAUCCCCACCAGCUUUCCGCUCUUCAUUCCCCGGACUUACAUACCAACUCGGAAACAUGAUCUCCAGCCCCUCCGCACAAAUCGUCAACGCCAUCGCCGAAUCCCAUCUCAUUCGACCCGCCGGCGGCCAAGGCAAAGACGUGCCCUCAUACGGUCCCGUCAUGGGUGUGGCCACGGCCAUCAUCGCAUUGGGAAUUGCAGUGACUGCUGCAGUUGGCCCGGAGAAACGAGGAAGUAAAUUUGAGAAUGCGGUCAUUGGAGGCCAGACUACUGUUGAUGUGGAGAAAUUGGGGGAUGAGGAGAAGGGUGGGAAUGUGGAAAAGGGGAUUAAGGAGAUUCGGUUGGAGGAGGUGGAGAGGAAGUAGGUGGGAGGAUUGAGUGGAUGUGAGGAGCUGAGCGGGCAGAAUGUAUCAGAGAUGAGAUGAAAUUGUAGGAGGAGGAGGAUGGGGGAAUCGAUCAGUGCAAGGAGGCGGUUUUUUUGUUUCCCAUCACGCCAGUGUUCAAUUCGUCUUUGCAGUACAGCCACAACCAAUCUAUCUCACUCAUCUCUAAACCGCAAGA